GCCCCAGGACCCCGCCCCUCCGGGGACACAAGGCUGCACCGGCCGCGGGCACACAGCGCCGACGCACCGAGAGCCGAGGAGCUCAGCAGACCUUUGCACGCUCCGUGGGUCCCGAGAGCAGAGCCGUCUCAGCUGCCGCUGGCGACUAGUGUUUCCUGAGAAUUGAGGAAAACCCACCAGGAACCGAAAAUGCCGAAACCAAUCAAUGUCCGGGUCACCACCAUGGACGCGGAGCUGGAGUUCGCCAUCCAGCCGAACACGACAGGGAAGCAGCUUUUCGACCAGGUGGUUAAGACCAUCGGCCUGCGGGAAGUGUGGUACUUUGGCCUCCAGUACGUAGACAAUAAAGGAUUUCCCACCUGGCUGAAACUUGAUAAAAAGGUGUCGGCCCAGGAGGUCAGGAAGGAGAAUCCGCUCCAGUUCAAGUUCAGGGCCAAGUUCUUCCCUGAAGAUGUAUCUGAGGAGCUCAUCCAGGACAUCACCCAGAAGCUCUUCUUCCUCCAAGUGAAGGAGGGCAUCCUCAGCGAUGAGAUCUAUUGCCCUCCCGAGACGGCCGUGCUCCUGGGCUCCUACGCCGUGCAGGCCAAGUUUGGGGACUACAGCAAAGAGACGCACAAGUCCGGGUACCUCGGCUCCGAGCGGCUGAUCCCCCAGCGGGUCAUGGACCAGCACAAGCUCACCAGGGACCAGUGGGAGGACCGCAUCCAGGUGUGGCACGCGGAGCACCGCGGGAUGCUCAAAGACAGCGCAAUGCUGGAGUAUCUGAAGAUUGCCCAAGACCUGGAAAUGUACGGAAUCAACUAUUUUGAGAUAAAAAAUAAGAAAGGAACCGACCUUUGGCUUGGAGUGGAUGCCCUUGGACUAAACAUUUAUGAGAAAGACGAUAAGUUGACCCCAAAGAUUGGCUUCCCGUGGAGUGAAAUCAGGAACAUCUCCUUCAAUGACAAAAAGUUCGUCAUUAAGCCCAUCGACAAGAAGGCGCCUGACUUCGUGUUCUACGCGCCCCGCCUGCGCAUCAACAAGCGGAUCCUGCAGCUCUGCAUGGGGAACCACGAGCUGUACAUGCGCCGCAGGAAGCCCGACACCAUCGAGGUGCAGCAGAUGAAGGCCCAGGCCCGGGAGGAGAAGCACCAGAAGCAGAUGGAGCGGCAGCAGCUGGAGAACGAGAAGAAGAGGAGAGAAACUGUGGAGAGAGAGAAGGAGCAGAUGAUGCGGGAGAAGGAGGAGCUGAUGCUCAGGCUCCAGGACUAUGAGCAGAAAACCAAGAAGGCAGAGAAAGAGCUCCAGGACCAGAUUCAGAGGGCCCUGCAGCUGGAGGAGGAGCGGAAGCGUGCGCAGGAGGAGGCUGAGCGCCUGGAGUCCGACCGCCUGGCAGCGCUGCAUGCCAAGGAGGAGCUGGAGAGGCAGGCGGCAGAUCAGAUAAAGAGCCAGGAGCAGCUGGCAGCGGAGCUCGCAGAGUACACCGCCAAGAUUGCCCUCCUGGAGGAGGCGCGCAGGCGCAAGGAGGACGAGGUCGAGCAGUGGCAGCACCGGGCCAAAGAAGCCCAGGAUGACCUGGUGAAGACCAAGGAGGAGCUGCACCUGGUGAUGACGGCGCCCCCGCCCCCUCCACCCCCCGUGUACGAGCCCGUGGGCUACCACGUCCAGGAGAGCCUGCAGGAGGAGGGUGCGGAGUACACCGGCUACAGUGCCGAGCUGUCCAGCGAGGGCAUCCUGGAUGACCGCAACGAGGAGAAGCGGGUCACCGAGGCCGAGAAGAACGAGCGUGUGCAACGGCAGCUGCUGACUCUGUCCAGUGAGCUGUCCCAGGCCAGAGACGAGAGCAAGAGGACCCACAACGACAUCAUCCACAACGAGAACAUGCGGCAAGGCCGGGACAAGUACAAGACGCUGCGGCAGAUCCGGCAGGGCAACACCAAGCAGCGCAUUGACGAGUUCGAGGCCAUGUGAAGGCCGGGCUGAGCCUGGGCUCUGCCGAGGGUCACGCAGACUCUGAACUUGUAUGCGUAGUUCUCCAAAUCUAGACCCCCUCCCCGUACUCUGUCCCUUUAAAGAGAGAGUAGCUGUUUCCAUGGGAAAAUUCUGGGGCUGGGACCAGCGGAGGCUUCCCUGGUUUAUUCUCCCCAUGUGUAUCACUGUGCCAAACGGGCCUGAUUUCUGUUGUUAUUAUUACUGAAUCACUUCCGGUCUUGUGCUUGGCGCAGGGCUGACUGAAUUAAGGAGGGAGAGGUGCCUGUGAAGUCUUGAGUAACAAAUUCCAUGCCGGCAUGUGCAUUGCGGCACAAGAUUCCAUAUAAUUAAAACCACACCGUGGCUUCUAUUCUGUGCCAUACUUUUUUCUGUAUUUGAAAUUAGCUCAAAUUGAUUGAUUUGUACGUGAUUCUAUGAAGGAUGCUUCGCUGUAUAUUUUUGUUUCUGGAGGGGUGCACUCGGAGGCUAACACGCUCUCACACGCGUGCACACAGCGGUUUCCUCCCUCGCGGACAAGACCCUGCGGUCGUUCGGGGCCCGCACCGCAGGAGGGCACGCCACUCUUCCACCCACUUCUCUUGGUUUUCAUUUUUUUCACAGUUAGAAGGCAACAUUGUUGGACUUACCUAAUUGAGGAUCAGCUCUAGAGUACAGUAUUUAUAUAUAAGCAACAAUAUGGGUUUGUAACAUUAGUUUAAAAGAGGAAAAGUUUUGUUCUGUAUAUUUUGUUACCUUUUACAGAAUAAUAAAAGAAGUACAUAUGAAAAACCACA